AUGGAAUUACCAUAUGAUCAAGCCACUGAGACCACAGCAAUCCCAGGGAUUAGUGCAGAAAAACUGGAUAGUAUAGCGCAAAAGCUCGACCAAUUAAUAAGCGUUGCAUCAGCGAAUGAAGUAAAUAUAAAAGUACUUUAUGAUAAUCAUCAAAAUAUUUUACAAAAACUUGCAUUAUUAAACACCAAAUUAAAAGAAUUGGUGACACGUAUUUCGGUAACAGUAACUGACGUUAACCAGCAGGGCAAUAAUGACUAUAAUUUCAAAAUUAUAAGCAACCUACAGGAACUCACUACUUUCGAGGAACGUUUAAGUAAUCCUCAAGCUGAAGAAGAUAUUAUAAAGUUACUUCCUGGAACUUGUACGAAAAGCAAAGGUCGCACAUAUAAUAACGCUUACGUAUUAGUCAGUGCCAUGUUCACUCGGUAA